AUGAGCAACCAGGAUUACUAUCAAAAUCAAAACAACAGCUAUUACGCUCCCCAGGGAGGGUAUGAGCCUCCCAGCCAUCCGCCGCCCGGACAUUCACCAGCUGGCCAGAGCAGUUAUAAUCCAUAUCCGGACCAACGGCAACAGUAUCAGCCAUACCAAGCAUAUGGUCAAAGUGGCCACAGUUCAGAUCAACCACAACACCAUCCGUCCUAUCAAUCACACGGACAAUAUGCCCAGAACAAUCAACAGGCCUACCCAGCAAGCCCUCAGCAGCCUGUCUACGCUUCACAGUCGCAUGGUGUGGGCCAUUCAGAGCCCCCUCCUCCGUACGGAUACCCUCCCCAGCAGCAUGGAGCCAGCGGCUACAACGACCCCGAAGGUGAACGAGGCGUAUUGGGCGCUCUAGCUGGCGGUGCUGCCGGUGGCUUCGGGGGCUACAAAGUCGGCGGCAAAGUCACCGGCCACAGCAAGACCACCGCUGUACUAGGCGCCCUCGCCGGCGCGUAUGCAGGACACAAGAUCCAGGAUACAGUGUCCGGUAAAAGCGAUGAUGAGAAAAAGAAGAAGGAGGACAAGAAGGAAAAGAAAAAGAAGGAGCGAUCAAGAAGCCGUAGCCGUUCCCGCGAGUUCAGGGGCAACUUCAGUGGCUCGUCCGAGGACAUCUAUCUUGAACACGACUCGCACACCCUGGUGGCUCGAUGCUGGCCAGUUGAUGGUGACUUGAGGAGCAGUAGUAUCGACCUGAACCGAUACCUCGAGAAUAGUUGGGGUAAUUUCCGUUGGGUGGAUGGAUCUAAUGAGACGGGUAAUUUUAUUGCUUCGGCACGCAAGGUGCGCCUUCGCGACAACGGGAAGAGGCUCGAAGCCGAGCUGGGCUGCGGUAAUGGAGAAUGGGCUACAAGUUCUAUCAAUCUGGAUGAAAGGAUCGGGAAUGAAAACGGAUCGUUGCGCUUUGUGUGA